ACAGCGUCCUCAGCUAUUCCGCAACAAUCAGCCGGGCGCGGCGACAGCGGCGGCGCGCGCGUCCGUCCCGUCAGUUUAUUAGUGACGCUCACGAGCCACGCGCACAGGCAUCAUGGCCGCUGCAAGCGACGAAGACCCAGGGCUCAACGGGUCCUGGGUGGAGCUGGGAAUGAACAGAAACGGCGGUGCCCCGAUACAGCCACCAAGCCAGGGGACACCCCCGGUGGGGGCCCAAGACACCAGCACGCUGGGGGAGGCUGGGGGGCUGGAACACGUACCCUCCUCUUCCUCAAUCCACAACGGCGAUAUGGAGAAGAUUCUGCUCGAUGCUCAGCAUGAGUCCAGCAGGAGCAACUCUUCCUGUGACAGCCCCCCCAGGCCCCACAGUCCACAGGAUGAGGGACAGAUCACUUUCGAUGUGGAUGUCAGUGCCGUGAAGGAGGGCCAGGUGGAGGAGGAGAGGCUGGACAGGGAGAGGGAGGACGACAUCCUCAUGAGGGGCUCUGACUGGGUGGCCGACUGGUCGAGUCGACCUGAAAACAUCCCUCCAAAAGAGUUCCACUUCCGCCACCCCCGGCGCACGCUGACCCUCAGUAUGAGGAAGACAGGAGCCAUGAAGAAAGGGGGUGUGUUCUCCGCUGAGUUCCUCAAGGUCUUCAUCCCCUCACUGCUCCUGUCACACAUCUUGGUGCUGGGGCUUGGGGUGUACAUCGGGAAGAGGCUGACCACACCCCCUGCCAGCUCCUUCUGAGCCCCGCCCUCACUGCCCAAACUCCUCCCUCUGACUCUCACCCUCUUGCCACGCCCACACUCUCUAUUUCCUUCUUAAACGUUUAUGUUGUCCAGUGGUCCUGCCCACCCUGAAACACUGCAAGGUGACGACUGCCACCUCAUUUCAGGCUCCGCCCCUUGUCACUCCUGGAGGGGCGGAGCUACAGCAUCAGCCAACCUCAAAACUGAUGUCUGUCAAACAAGCCGCCCUCUGAGCUGAAACCUAUGGUGGGAGAUUUCAGCAACUGAGAGUGUGUUUGACUAAACAUGGGGCAGCGAUGUGGCAGCGCCUGAUUGGCUCAGUCCCACAAAGGUUAUCAUUAUCAUUCUCAUCACAGUCAUAAUUAUAACCCUUACGGUGUAGUUUAGUAGUGACCGUCUGAUGCUUGAAUCUGAAACAUAACAGAAAUUAGAAGUGCAGUUCCUCAGAAUGCCAGCUGGGGGCGCUGUGCAGCCUGUAGGUCAGGAAGUGGCUGGGGACAGGAAUCCUCAGUGUGUAUGAGAGAGACCCCCCUCAGCCAGCCUGGUGUGAAUUAUCUUUAUCUACCUACCCCCAAUCCCCCCCCACCCCCAGCAUCACCUGCACUCCCAUCUCCCCCGCACCUCCUCCACCUCCUUCCUCAGCGGCCUUGCAGCCUGGGGCUCGAGGCUUGGCUGAACACACUGAACCUGCACGAUGGGGGAUUUCCUGCCUGGUCCUUGUGUUUUGGUUUUCUUUCCGCUGGAAAGGGGAGCAUGAGAGAUGGCAAAGCCGCCAUAGUAAUUCCGAUAAUGAUGGUUAGUGUUUGUUCCUAGAAUUGGCAGGUUUUUUUUUUUUUUGCUUUGAUUUCUCUGACUGAUUUUUGUCAUUAAAAUCCUCCACUGCAGCAAA